AUGUCUUCUGCCGAACAGACCUUCAUUGCUAUCAAGCCGGAUGGCGUCCAGCGCGGUCUCGUUGGUCCCAUCAUCUCCCGCUUCGAGAACCGUGGCUUCAAGCUUGUCGCUAUCAAGCUUGUCACUCCAUCCAAGGAGCAUCUCGAGGCUCACUACGCCGACCUAAAGAGCAAGUCGUUCUUUGACGGUCUGAUCAAGUACAUGCUUUCUGGUCCCAUCUGCGCCAUGGUUUGGGAGGGCCGUGAUGCCGUCAAGACUGGCCGCGCCAUUCUCGGGGCCACGAACCCUCUUGACUCCGCCCCCGGCACCAUCCGUGGUGACUUCGCCAUCGAUGUCGGCCGCAACGUCUGCCACGGCUCCGACUCCGUCGAGAGCGCCAAGAAGGAGAUUGCCCUCUGGUUCAAGGAGGGUGAUGUUGUCAGCUACAAGCAGUCACAGUUCGACUGGAUCUAUGAGAAGGCUUAA